UACCAGUUAGUACUGCAUUAACUCCUGAUAUAGACGAGAUGAUAGCAGACCCUGCGGUUUUCUUCCCAGCAACAUGGAGAACGCGUCGGAUAGUAGUUGCACCGGUUCGAAAUGCAUUGACGCCAUUAACGUGCGUGGCGAUAGGGGCGAUAACGGGCGCACUGGUACCACGCGAGCCGGCGAUGAUCCCAGUUAAUAGGACCAUAGCAUUCAUUCACUCUCCUUCGGCGUGGUUGAUGGCGAAGGAAGAGAGCUUGGCAAGGGUCGUAAGCCGUAAGCCACAGAGCAUAUAGUUAUAGUAUUGACCGACAGCACAUAGGGUUACGUAGGAUCCACCACCAAGGCCUGGCUACCAGCCGACCAGCCCGACUCGCGUGUCCCAAUAGCACCUCUAAGCGACCUACCACACGAGGUGCUGAUGAUUAUUUUUCAAGCUCUACCUCCUCGGCAAUUGUAUCUACCUGUUGUGUUUCUAAACACUUCUAUG